ACACACACACACACACACACACACACACACACAGAGGUGUGUUUUCUACCUGCUCAGUGUUGCUCUUACUUCCUCUGUGAUUAUGAAAGCAAACCUGAGCUCACAUUACCACAGUUUUCCUAUAAGAUCUCAUAUAAUCACAUACACAUUGUCCUGUUUCAGUAGUUAUUGUACUGCCUGGUGCAAUUUGCACACAUUUGCACAUGCGCUUUAUGUAGUUUUGUGUAGUCUCAUGUAGUUCUGUGUUGUUUUAUGUUGCCUGGAGGAAGGUUGUGCCUUUCCACUGUGUACUCUAGCAACUGUAUAUGGUUGAAAUGAUAAUAAAGCCACUUGGCUACAUUAAACAGCACAGUUCCCACAUUGUUGACACUCAUGAAAAAAGUAACCUAAGGCUUCAGUACUUCUUAAUCCCCUACUUUUUAAUCCAUACCUUUAGCUAUGCUGUCUAAAUUUAUGCUAGCUCUUGAGUUAAUGCAUGUGCCAGUGAAUUAAAGAAGCACACACUGUGCGAAAGCUUCACAACAAAUAGAGGCUUGGGUGUGCCUUUACUGCGCAUGCGCGUAUCAAGGGACGCCCCAGCCGUCACCAUGGCGACCAGCGUCUUAACAGCUUGUACACAAGCAGAUUUAUUAACGGGACGCCUGCUUUUCUUUAGAUUGAGAAGGAAUUCAUUUUCAGAGCUGAAAUGACAGUCACUUUUAAGGCCAUCAGCAGGAACCGGAGCAAACACAAGGCGAGGCGAGAGAGAGGCGCGUCACCGCAGCGCGCAGUGCGAUUGGCUGGACUGAGGUCUGACCAGCUGGGAAUUUGCAGAGAACCCCAGUUUCAGUCCAAGAAGAAAGCCUCCAUGAACCCACCUCGGUUAUCCACUUCUGUCCAGUGGGGUGAUCCAGGUGUUUUAACCAGGAAGCAGAUUACAAGUCGGCCUGCUUCCCCUCCAGCUGUGGUCUCUGUAGCACAAACAGACGGUGUAGAGAAAGUAGAAACCCCUCUAGCACCGAGAGCAUCCAAACCAACAAGAGCCUCGAAAACGACUCCGGUCCAGGAAGAAUGUUCAUCUGGUCGUAUAUCCAGGGCCUCUGCUGAGCAGCAGACACAAAAACAGCCAGCAGAUGGGGUUAACCACGUACUGAGGAAGAAGGCAGGCCUGAAGUCAGAGCGCCAGAGGAACGGCCGCCAGAGCUCCGAGUAUCAGAGGCAGUUUCAGUGGAAAACUCUGGCACCUGAAUCACCUCUUCUCAAUGCCCAGGAGAUGUUGUACUCCAGCAACAGGUCUAUCCCACCCUUGAAGUCUAAUCCAGUAGUAAUGGAGAGUGAGUAUAAGAGGAGCUUUAAAGGAUCUCCUCCACCCAGAGGCCUGCGCUUACGAAGAGACAUUGAACUAAAUGAGGUUUCACCUCCCAAAAUGGAGAAUAUCUCCCCAGAUAUUCCUCCCCAGAGUAAGAAGAAGAAACAAGGGCAUCAACGUCUCAGCAGGAAGUCAAGCCCCAAAGAGAAAAGUCGUCAUUCAGAGCCACAGCUCCUAAAGCCGAAACCAGAGACACCACAAGCCCCAAAAGCUGUUUCACCCGAAGUGGUGAGGAAGGUGAAGACUGAAUAUAGCUCAAACUUCCGCUCUCCUCUUCAAUACCGCUACACUGAUGGUGUCUGGGUCAGGUCCAGGACUGCAGGAGAAGAGGGUCACGAGUGGUAUCACGAGGUACGGGAGUUGCGUGAGAAAGCAGAAGCAUAUAGAAAGAGGGCCUGGGGAACUCACUUCUCCCGGCAGCACCUGAGCCAGAUCCUGUCAGAGCAGAACUGCCUGUGGGAGGCAUCUAGCAGUUCUUCUUCCUCCACUCUCACUGAUGACGACACUCAUUCCACCAGCAGUCCCAUCAUCAAGGCCCUGGACCUGGCCAGUGUCAGGGAGAGCUGUAGCCCCAGUGCAUCUGUGUCCUUGGCUGCAAGUAGGAGAAGCUCUUGCAAAGAGGCAGAGCUUCCCAGCAGCCCCACCCUUCCUGCACAGAGGACAAUGGCAUGGGAUGAGGAAAUAAGUCCUUGUGAGAGGGGUGUGGCUGAGAUAAUGCAGCGGAAGAAGGAGCAGCCAGAGGAGACCAAUGAGGAAGGAAAUAUAAAUGGACAUUCAGAAGACAACAGGGAGGAGGACACUGAGGCAGAGAGUGGGCACUUGUCACAUCCAGAGGAAACUGGAAACUCCAAUGAUGAAGGCAGGUUGCCUACUCCCAGACUAAAGACAAUGCUGGCUGCACAGAGGACUCAUCAUGACCGCACCACUCCUGCAACUGGUGGUGCUAUACUCAUCUCCCCUCCAAAGAUUAAGUAUACCCAAACCUCCAGGAGGAGUGAACCACCACUUGGAAAAGCUCACUCACCUUACAGACACCUCAGUUGUGUCUCAGCUCCAGAAAAAAACAGCAAGACCGAAGGUGCGAGUUCGUCUCGUUCUCCUCCGGCUGCAGGGAUGGCAACAGUAGACCCACUCCCCUUAAGGGAAGACACAAGGGCUGAAGACUCUCCUGAAUCCUCGUCUGAUCCAAAACCAGCCAAAAAAACACCUCACAAAAAAGCGAGCAGUGCUUGGCUCAUAGACAGUUCCCCAUCGCAUGCCAUCAGGAUCCAAGGCACACUGAGGAACCCAGAGUUUCAGCAUAACGGUAACCUGGGAGUCCGUCGGCCAGAAAGAACUGCGUUCCCUUCCAACGACUGUCUAUCUGACGAUGAUCUGGAUGACAGGAUGUCGCAGAUCUCAUUCCAGUCAGCAGCUUCCUGCUCCAUGGCAUCCCAGGUUUUGGAUCGUGCUCAGAAGAGGAAAGAAGACUUCUGGGGAAAGAGUUAAUGUCGUCUCGGUGCUAACACUGCUGCAGAAAUCACGGCCCUCUACUCACAGCCCUAUACUAGUGUUUAAUGUAAGAUUCAGGGAACUAAGCUUUAGAUUUUUGUUUUUUUUUAUUUGUCUUAAAGUAUAUUUUAAUACUUACACUAUAGCAUGGUCAUGGACAAGGGUUUUAAUGAAUGUGCAUAAAUUAUUUCUUGGGGUUUUUUAAUGAAAUUGUCAAAAAAAUUAAUGCAGAUUUUAAAAAAAAUAACAUUUGUUCAGUGAUUGGUACAUUUUAUAUUGUAUUUUAAUUUCUAAUUAAAUUAUUGUCUUUUGAAAAAGAAAAAAAAAAAAGCUCCUGUAUUAUAAAAACUGGUUUUAUGUUUCUGAAAAGAAAAAAAAAACACAAAACCCUAGGGAAUGAGGAAUACGACUGAAAAAGACAAAAUAUAUGAGUUAUACAUAUUAAUAAUGACAUAAAAUGACAUUUAUUUGACGUCACAUACAAAUCUGUUUGGAAAAAACUGUUCUCACACAUUUUGUUAAGAAUCCAAGAAAGGAAGUGCAUCUUUCUAUAUUCCGUAAAUUGGACUUAUGGUGUUCUAGAGGAAGCCAUAAAUAACACACUCAUACAUGGACUGUUGAGUUGCUUGGGUUUCCACAGCCAGGACACAUUUUAUGAUUUAUUAGUCGGACCUGCAACGUCCCAAUUACGUCAUGGCAGCAUUGAGCAUCAGCACAUUUUAUAUAAUUUAUAAUUGCAUAACUGAUUUAUUUUCCUCACUUUUUAAACACUCUAUAUGGCUCUCUUAGCACCAGUACAAGGCCUCUCAUAAGUCUCUUGGCAACCGCUCACUGUCAGAUUGCUCAAGCUGCUGAACUGUAAAUAUAAUAAAGAGCCUGUAUUAUAACCAUGUAAUAAUUAGCAUGAAAGCAGACGUUUCCGGUUUUUUUUUUAACGUCAUCAUGGGGAUUUCACCGGAAGCAUAUUCCAAACAGGCAGUAAAAAUACCGGCAAUAAUAGGAGGUUUAGCAACUUCUCACUGGAUUGCACGUUUCAGGAACUCAGUCCAGGACAGUGUGCGAAUUUCCAAACCAAUUAACCUGAGUCAGAGAUGCUGAUAGGGGCACAAAAUGAGCACGAGCAGGUGCGGAAUCGCCCAAAUCAAAGAAGUGAUAUCACACCGCAGUGACGUUGGGAUCAGAUCUAGGCCAGCGCCGGGGCUAUAUAAACAACUAGGUUAUGCAGGUUACCACAAGCAGUGUGACACUGAACAAGGACGGUGGAGCUUGUUGUUCAGGUGAUAACUGAUCUGUAAGAGUGCUCUC